AUGUUUAAAACCGCCGCUCAGAUUGCUGGCGGAGAGCCUGAGGAGCAUCCUGGCUCAAGCCUUUUUGUUUCUGCAGCCAAUUGCUUUACUGACGAGGCAGAUAGAAAGGGUGUGGAUGGCUUUCUGUCAACUCUGCAGGUGACAGGCUCUGUAGAGCCUACAUCCAAGCAGGCACCCAUGGUCAAAUUAAAGCCUGCCUCAGUUAAUCAGGGGCCUACUAAGGCUGCUGUGCAGUGCAGUCCUGUUAAGAGACUCGCAACCUCUGUUGACAGUGUUCCUCCCUCAGUUGUCCGCUUGCUAGGCGCAGUAAGGGAGCGCCUUUCAAACAAUAUAUGGCAAUGUCGAAGCAUUGAUCUAAGCACAUACAGGACCAAUUUGCACAUCCUUCCACUCCGACAGCUCAGGUCCAAUGGUCAGGAUGCAUUGUCUGCACAAAAAAGCCCCGCUGAGCUACUUCGUGACCAUGCACUUUCCAUUCCGAAACUUUCUAGCUCUAUUUCUAGCUCCAUGCGCCACAGCUCUACUGACGGUAUUGAUCCUCAGGUGCUUCAACUAUGGGACCUUCUAGUUACUAAUAAAAUAUACAACUGUCUGGGGACUAGUUUAAUCAAUUGUGACGGCAAAAAAUGUCAAUCUACCGUUCAUACAUUAAUAAAAUUACUAGAUUGCAACGACGUAUAUUUUGACAUGAUAAAAUUCACCCACAGGCUUCUAUUGCACCAACACCUUCUUCAGUCCUUACCCUCACACAACUCUCACACCUUGUUCCCAUCUCCCCUGAUUCCUCCCCACAUCUUACUUAGAGCGCUAAUGUCAACUCGCGAGCAGCGUCCAAUUUCUCUAGAACUGCUUAUUCCCUGCUUUGUGCGUCUCUUAAUAGCUUACAAAUCUCAUUCUCUUCUCUACAAUCCUUAUUCAGAUGCCCUCAUUGGGAAGCAGAAGGCUCUUUUACGGCACAAGGAGCUCGGAAGCCCAAAGUUCUGCACUUACAUACCUUCACGGAUGGAACCACGAGCCUUUGAGCAGUUAUCGAUAAUACACGGUGCUACCGUAUUUCCGGCAUUUGAUGCUGUCUCAGAUGAUAGAGACUCCUUCUCGAUGCUCUACGACUCUUCUCGCGAGUACGAACUCCAUCGGCUAGCAUUUCUUGCAGGAACCCUUGCAGAGGACUUUAGCGUUUGCAAGGCUGUUGCGUUUGCUGCAGCGGAUAACACGCUGUUGAUGCACCGGGAUGACGAAGUAAUAACUGGCUGUACGAUGUAUAAAUUAGAUGCUGAGCUUUUUGCUCACACGUCUUCGGGUACUCUAGAGGAUAACAAAUUGGCAGGCAUGAUAGUGCUGCCCUACUCUCACGAAUUGGAGGAGCUGAUCUUUUGUGGCUCACAAUUCUAUGACUCCACUAUCACAGGAUCCGACGACACUAAUUUCUACUACAAUCCGACCAUCUCCCAGCACAUCGACCUCAUCACUCUUCUUUACACUGAGAUGUGUCGAUAUGCAGACGGUGCCUUAACCACCAACAGGCUAUACCUUAUUUUAAUCGCCUUAGGACUAAACCCAACUCUUGCAGGAUAUGAGUGGUUCCUCCUCCAAUAUCAACUUUCAAUCUUCAGACUGGCCAAAACACAGAUAACGAUCAUCAAUAUUGCAAGGCCAGGUCCAAGAGAUCCCAUCAAGAGCGUCAUCAAUCCAUAUACUGUCCUUAUUCACUGUAUGCUAAAAUACAAAUUGGAGUUUGAUUCCGAUUUUGUUCCGCUUUUAAAACGAAUUCAUCGGCAGGACAUCGCCGCCAACUCCUGCACAGGAAUUUACUUAAUCGUUGAUACUCGCAUGUCUCAGCCAGAUACAUCUCGAGAGGCUAGUUCAAGGCCUUAUGCGCCUACCACUCUGAAUCCUGGCAUAAAUUCCACCGGAGUUGUAGUAGCAGAAACAACACCACCAAUCAAAUCGCAGGAGAAGGCAGUGUGCCAUAAGAAUAGUGCCUCAGCGGAGCCGCUGGAGAUGCUUGUCACAGACGGAUUUUAUCUUGUUAAGGCCUCGGUCGAUCCUUUGCUUUUCAACUUUUUAACUAAGAAUAAGAUAUCUCUUUACAAACACGAAAAGAUACUGGUAUCACUCCCGCAGACUAUCAACUUUGGAUCAGCUCAGGAGCCACCCAUUCGAGCUGAUUGGGGCACAGAAGGGGCACUUGUAUUGACAUAUUACAAUACUCGGCCAGCUCCGCGAUCGUGUUUUCUAGGCCGUUUUCAUAGACCAUUUAUUUCUAUGUCUCUUUCACAUGCUGUAAGCUAUGCUCUGGAGACGAGACUAUGCAGUCAUCAAGCAAGCAACUCCAAUUUGGUUCCGCACAUGUCAGCACUUGUUCUCAAAGUGUUUGACCCAACCAUUGUUAUAAAGAAGGUCCAGGAGCAAGCAGCUGCUGGCUCUGAAGCUACUGUGGAGAAGGAGACCAGGUCGUAUUGCUAUAGGCGUGCACUCGUGAUAGACCCGAGUUGCAUCGACAUAGACGCCAUCUCAAAGUUCUCGAAAGACUUGGAAUCAUCGUCGUCAAGCCUUCCACAGUUUCCAUGUCUUUUUCUGCAUCAGUUUGGGUCCAAAGCCAGUGUUAUGGAGUCUUUCGAGCCAGGCCUUCAGAUAGAACUUAUUUCUACCGAAAUUAAACGGUAUAGCCCCCAUGGUAGAGGGACUGAAGGAGCUCCAUCGGGAUCCUAUCUGCAACUAUCCCCCUCGGCUAUCAUCUGCUCUCAACCUGCUAAUACCUCUACUUCCCGUGAGCUGCACAGUGCCCUCAACAGCUGCUAUCAAAAUUACCUCUUUUUCGUUCACAACACAGUAGGCGGAUUGGAACUACUUUGUGACCAUACCGUCUUCUUUUACUGCCUCGGUACCAGUGCAACCAUACCUCCCAUGUAUUGUUUCCGGUUAAGCGAUGACAGCUCCCGCAUAUUUGACCUCAUCGAAGUGAUUCAAAGUACAAAUAUGAGUACUAUCUUCGUCCACUCUAUCAAGGAGCAGACAUCGGAGAAUGAGGCCAUCGAGUUUCGAACUUCUCCUAGAAAGCUAGCAAAGCUCACAAUAAAGGCAGCCAUCCUCCAAGACAAGGGAAAUGGGAAGUACAGAUUGGUCUGUCCCGAUGAAGCGGUCAUAAAAACAACAGGAGAUUUAUUUUUCUAUGAGAAUGAAGAGCAAACUAAUAUGUACGUUCAAAUACUUGAGGAAAGCAUUCGCAAAUACCUCUGA